AUGGAUGCCAGCGCGGCAGACGCAGGUUCACCCACUCUACCUCGGAGUGCUAUUUUGAAAUGCAAGGCCAAUGCUCUCCUCCAGGAUUUGAAGAGGAUACAAGGAGCCCUUCACCCAAUUUCAAGCGUGGAGGACGCCAUGCUCCACGUGCGUCAUGGCCAGUUAGUCUCAGUGUACGAUGACUUCAAGGCCAUCCACGGGAAUCUUGAAGAAUUAGACAUUUCGGAGAUCGGCAGCGACUUGCGAUGGACCGUGUCGGAGCUCGUCGCGACGAUGCACGCUGAAAUAGAGCACGAAACCUUGCGACGCUCUGCUCAAAUGGCUGCCCACUCAACUCUCACCAACGGGAUCUCCUCUAUGCCAGACCCAGGGCUCAGUCGCAGCUUUCAAGCUCUGCCGCCUAUUCCGCUCCCUACCUUCAGUGGAGGAUACUCCGAGUGGUCUGAGUUCCAAUCUAUCUUCUCAACUAUGGUAGGCGGAAAUCCACAUAUAAGCAAGGUGGAAAAGCUGCAGAGGCUACGAUCCUGUCUUCGCGACUCAGCGUUAGAAGCAGUUCGGUCCUUGGUAACUUCCGAGGAAAAUUAUGACGUUGCAUUGGGUCUUUUGGAAAAGCGAUUUAGUAACCGUCGUUUAAUAUUUCAGGCUCAUGUGAACGAGAUUCUAGGCCUCUGUGUCGUGGAAGGUGGCUCAGUGGCAGGUCUACGAGGAUUCUCAGAUAAGUUCAAUGCCCAUAUGCGGGCCUUGAAGAAUUUGGGAACGACGCAACAAAUUGCCGGCUGCAUCAUCGUCCAGGUGCUUCUUCAAAGAUUGGACCCAGCUACCCAGGCGAAGUGGGAGGAAGGCCAGACUGCCAUCAAUUCAGACCUUAUUCCUACGUGGGACUCGAUGUCGGAAUUCCUGGAGCAGCGAUGCAGGACUCUCGAGGCUGUGGAUGUGGCCAUGGCCGCAUACGCGCCAGGCACUCAGGUGGGAAGACGUAGAGUUGCUAAUAACAGUAGAUCCGCCUUCAUUAUUACUAAUGCGCCUCCCGCUACCUGUAUAUUAUGCGGUGGGAGGUCCCAUGAGGUGCCUGCGUGUCCAAGGUUUCUGCUGUUGUCCCCUGAGAGCCGCCUAGGCGAGGCUAGGCGACUUGGUCUUUGUCGAAAAUGUCUCAGAACCGGCCAUCACCUGCGAGACUGCGUCGCUAAUAAUUGCCACAGCUGUGGGAGACGGCAUCACAGUUUGCUGCAUUUUCUGGACUCGCAGUCUUCUAGCGGCCAUCUGCCAGUUGCUUUACCCAUUUCCUCCUCAUCCGAGGGUUCUGAACCUCUAGCCUCAUCGCCAUCCACAGUCAAUGCCUUAAUUGCCCAAGGUCGUAGCGGCGAUAUAGCUUUGCUUGCAACAGCGAACAUACUUGUUAGGAGCCGCGCUGGUAUUUUUGUUCCUUGCCGAGCGCUUCUGGAUUCUGGAUCUCAAGUACACAUGAUUACGUCCCGAUUGGCUAAUCAGCUGCAGUUGCGUAAAUGCAAAUCAUUCAUGUCGGUGUCUGGAAUUGGCGAUACCGGCUAUGCGACGGACGGAUUCUCUGUUGAUGUGCUCCUACGUUCUCACUGUUCAGAAUACUCGUCUCUUAUUAGUGCAGUCGUCGCUGGCAACAUUACGGAUCUCCAGCCUAGUUUCUGCUUAGAUGUCUCCAAUUGGAAUAUACCAUGCAAUCUUAAUCUCGCUGAUCCAGAAUUCUUUCGACCACAGCGUAUCGAUUUGCUCAUCGGAGCCAGCCUCUUUUAUGAAUUGCUGUGUGUUGGACAAGUUCAGCUCUCAGCUGGCCUACCGUUGCUGCAGAAAACCCGACUUGGAUGGGUUGUGUGUGGAGGCGGUUCACCUGUCGAGAGAAGGUCACUCGUAGCCACAGCCUGCAAGGAUGUCACGAAGAGCCCAAGCCUGCCGGAUGAACGUUUAGAUUGUCUGCUCCGCCAGUUCUGGGAAAUAGAGGACUGCUCCGAACCAAUAGUGAAGUGGACAAAGGAAGAGCUGGAUUGCGAAGCGCAUUUUGUGCAACACUCUACUCGGCUCAAGUCAGGCGCUUAUGCUGUGAGGCUGCCGUUGAAAUGCAGUUCUGAUUUGCUGGGAGAAUCGUAUCCCCAAGCCGUGCGUCGAUUUCUCUCUCUAGAAAGGAAGCUCAGUCGUCACCCUCAAUUGAAGAAUCAGUAUGCUGCGUUUAUAAAAGAGUAUUUGGAGUUGGGCCAUAUGUCUGCAGUUCCUGCUAAUGCGAGCCUCACUCCUCAGUACUUCCUACCUCACCACUGUGUUUUGAAAGAGGACAGUUCAACAACCAAGCUCAGGGUUGUUUUUGAUGGAUCUGCUGCUACCACUUCUGGGUAUUCGUUGAAUGACGUGUUGAUGUCCGGCCCAGUUAUACAGCCAAAGUUGCUUCACAUCCUGUUAAGGUUCCGUUACCAUCGGGUGGCCAUUACAGGAGAUAUCUGCAAAAUGUACCGAUGUGUCAGAGUUUUCCCUGAGGACAGCCAUUUGCAGUGUAUCCUUUGGCGGGAUUCCACCCAGGACGAGUUGCAGGUUUUUAAACUUGACACUGUAACUUAUGGAACAAAACCAGCGUCAUUUUUGUCAGUGCGAGCAAUGCAUCAAUUGGCCGAGGAUGAGCAGUCGAUGUUUCCAAAGGGGGCCGAGAUUCUGCGACGCGACUUUUACGUGGACGAUUUAAUUUCUGGAGAUGCUUCUGUGGCUGAAGCUGUCAACAUUAUGCAGCAAACAUCAGGGAUCCUUGCCAAAGGUCAAUUUCGCUUGAGAAAGUGGUGCUCCAACGUAGCUGCGGUGUUGUCUGAUGUGCCGGAAGAGGAUCGGGAGUCGUUUCUGAGAUUUGAUGACGGCAGCAACUUUACGAAAACUCUGGGCCUCGCUUGGGAUCCUGCUACUGAUCGCUUGCUAUUUUCAUUUGAGGGCCUUCAGUCAACCUUAAAUCCAACUAGGCGCAUCGUCCUUUCCUCAAUCGCCCGGUUGUAUGAUCCUUUAGGACUUGUCGGGCCAGUCAUCACAAGGUCAAAGAUCUUUCUUCAGAAGCUGUGCCGUGAGAAGUUGUCUUGGGAUGAGAGUCUUCCUCAGGCUCUUCACUCUGAUUGGGAAAAAAUUUGCUGCAGUUUCGCUAUGGCUCAGAGGGCCGAUUUUCCCAGAUGGUCACUAUCAUCACCGACCGAUUUGGAGAUUCAUGGAUUUUGUGACGCUAGCAUCGAGGCUUAUGGUGCCUGUAUUUAUGUCGUCUCAAGGGGUACAGGAGCGGGAAGUCACCUGCUUUGCUCGAAGUCUCGAGUGGCGCCGCUAAAGACUGUUACGGUGCCGAAACUGGAACUAUCAGGAGCAGAAUUGCUGGCGCGGCUUAUGUCAGAAGUAGCUAAUCUGAAGAUGUACGCUGGGAAGCAUUAUUGUUGGUGCGAUUCUGCAGUGGCGCUGUCCUGGAUUCGAGAGGAGCCUGCCCGGUUUAAUGUUUUCGUUGCCAAUCGAGUUGCGACGAUCCAGGAGUUAACCAGAACGAUGGAGUGGCGCUAUGUUCCCACGUCCUUGAAUCCGGCGGACAUCCUGUCCCGUGGUGCUCUUCCUAAUGAGUUGAUCGUUGAUGAGCUGUGGGCACAUGGUCCUCCGUUUCUUCUUGGUCCUCAAGAUGAGUGUCCAGUUGCGUUCCCAGCUGAGAGGCCGACCCUGGAACUGCGCGCAAAGGUUUUGCUCAUUCAGUCGCCGUAUGUGGACAUAAUAGCUGCCUCCAAGUACGCUAAUUCCUUCUCAUCUCUGCAGCGGGUAUUUGCUUAUGUGCACAAGUUUUGUCAUCGAAUACGCCACAAGGGAAUCACCGCAGGAGAUAUCAAGUCUGGAACUCAACUUUUAUUGCGGUUGGUACAGCGGGUGCAUUUUUGGGAUGAUAUAAGGUCGCUUCAGAAUGGCAAAGAGAUAUCGUCGUCCAGCGUACUUGCCACAUCUUCACCCUUCUUGGAUAAGUUCGGUCUACUGCGUGUAGAUGGUCGCCUGAAGAAUUCGCCGUUGGAUUUUGAUAGUCGUCAUCCAAUUAUACUCCCUAGAAGCCACCCAGUCACUCUUGCUAUAAUUGUUGAUUUCCAUGAGCGAAAUUUACACACGGGACCUCGUGCUCUUUUGGCUAUGAUUCGAUCCCAAUAUUGGCCAAUUGGGGGGAGGAAAACGGUGACGAAGGCGUUGCACAAAUGCAUCCGAUGCUUCCGGUCCAAGCCUCGCCUGCUGGAGCACAUUAUGGCUGAUCUCCCGGAACAAAGAGUCAACGGUUGCCAAGUCUUUGGAGUCACUGGCGUGGAUUUUUGUGGGCCAUUCCAUUACAAGCCAGAAGUUCGUAAUAAGGCUCCGGUAAAAUGCUACGUGAGCGUCUUCAUUUGUUUUGCUACAAAGGCCGUCCACUUGGAGCUCGUAAAGGAUCUAUCCACUACUGCGUUCUUGCAGGCACUAAAACGGUUUAUAUGCACCCGCCGAAAGCCACAACACAUUUGGUCGGACAACGCUACAAAUUUUGUUGGAGCCAGAAACGAGCUAAGUGAGCUGCGGCGGCUCUUUAUCAGCGACGAGCAUCAGCGGACACUUCUGGAGUUUUGUGCGAUUGAGUCCAUCGAAUGGCAUUUUAUUCCUCCUCGAUCUCCGCAUUUCGGCGGACUCUGGGAAGCGGCAGUCAAAACUGCCAAGCAUCAUUUUUACCGGGCUGUGGGGUCCUUAAUUCUUGGAUUUGAGGAGCUGCGAACUCUGCUUUGCCACAUUGGUGCUGUCAUAAAUUCACGACCAUUAUUGCCUCUUUCAGAAGAUCCUGCAGACCUCGAUGUUCUAACGCCAGCACAUUUUUUAACUGGAGGUCCGCCAUCUAGUUUAAUCGAACCUGAUGUUACAAAGCUAAACUUCAAUCGUCUGGACAGUUGGCAACGUGUGUCCUUUCUGCAGCAGUCUUUCUGGUCCCGAUGGAAAGAGGAAUACUUAAGCCUCCUUCAGCAACGCUCCAAAUGGCGUACCUCCGGCCCUGCUUUGGCAGUCAACGAUGUGGUGCUGGUCAAGGACGAGAACCUACCCCCGAUGAAGUGGCCGCUCGCGAGAAUCAUGGAACUGGUAUCUGGUAGGGACGGAGUGGCUCGAGUGGCGGUGAUCAGAACUUCAUCUGGAACCACCAAGCGCGCAGUAUCUAAGCUGUGCCUUUUGCCCCUUAAGGACGAAGUUGGAAGCCAGGCCCAACUGGGGGGAGAAUGUCGGGACAAGCAGCAGCCGCCACCUAAUUUAUAG